UUAAGUUUUAACGAGAAAGAAAGGAAUCUGACCGAAACCCUAAUCCCAACAGAUCGAUCACCUCAACGAUCGAUCGAUCUAGCAAUUCGUCGCCAUGGGAAACACAGAGAGGCUGAUGAACCAAAUCAUGGAGCUCAAAUUCACUGCGAAGAGCCUCCAACGCCAAUCUCGCAAGUGCGAGAAAGAAGAGAAAUCGGAGAAACUCAAGGUCAAGAAAGCCAUCGAGAAAGGUAACAUGGACGGUGCAAGAAUCUACGCAGAGAAUGCGAUCCGCAAGCGCAACGAACAGAUGAACUAUCUCCGCUUAGCUUCUCGCCUUGAAGCCGUAGUUGCCCGCCUCGACACACAGGCUAAGAUGCAAACAAUCAGUAAGUCCAUGUCCUCGAUUGUCAAAUCCCUAGAAUCCUCUCUCGCUACUGGGAAUCUGCAGAAGAUGUCGGAGACGAUGGACCAGUUCGAGAAACAGUUUGUGAACAUGGAGGUUCAGGCAGAGUUCAUGGAGAGUUCCAUGGCUGGAAGCACUUCUUUGUCGACCCCUGAAGGGGACGUCAACAGCUUGAUGCAACAGGUCGCUGAUGAUUACGGUUUGGAGGUCUCUGUUGGGCUUCCUCAGGCGGCUGGGCAUAUUCCGGCCAAGGUGGAGGAGAAGGUCGAUGAGGAUGAUCUGUCGAGGCGCUUGGCUGAUCUGAAGGCCAGAGGUUAACGAAAUUGGUUGACUUCCCGGUUAGUUCUUAGUUCUUACCUACGUGCAUAAUCUGUGGAGUUGACUUAUGGCUCAGAUACUUUGAUUGUCAAUGGGUCUGUAUUUAGAAUGUCCAUCUGUGGAAGAAUGCAUACAUGAUAUAUUUAUGUAAAGGAAAAAUAAUUUGACUGAGAAAUGGUUUUCUUCUUUUACUGUAUUGUUUGUUGUGCAGAUUCAUGGCU